AUGCAGACUGAUGGAAAAUCUAGUGAAAGUAGACAGUGUGGAAAGACUUUUAUGCACAGGUCCAAUCUUGCUGAACAUCAGAGGAUCCACACUGGUGGGAAACCUUAUGAUUGCAAUCAAUGUGGAAAGACAUUCAGUCGCAGCUCCAGUCUUGUUGAACAUCAGAGAAUCCACACUGGGGAGAAACCUUAUGAAUGCAAACAUUGUGGAAAGUCAUUCUGUCAGAGCUCCAGUCUUGCUAAACAUCAGAGAAUCCACACUGGGGAGAAACCUUAUGAGUGUAAGCAGUGUGAAAAGACAUUCAGUCAUAGCUCCAGUCUUGCUAAACAUCAGAGAAUCCACAGUGGUGAGAAACCUUAUGAAUGCAAACAGUGUGGAAAGGCAUUUAGUCAGAGCUCCCAUUUUGCUAUACAUCAGAGAAUCCACAGUGGUGAGAAACCUUACAAAUGCAAGCAAUGUGGAAAGACAUUCACAUGCAGCUCCAGUCUUGCUGAUCAUCAUAGAAUCCACACUGGUGAGAAACCAUAUGAAUGCAAACAGUGUGGGAAAACAUUCAGUCGCAGCUCCCGUCUUGCUGAACAUCAGAGGAUCCACACUGGGGAGAAACCUUAUGAGUGCAAGCUGUGUGGAAAGACAUUCAGUCAGAGCUCCAGUCUUGCUCAACAUCAGAGAAUCCACACUAGGGAGAAACCUUAUGAAUGCAAACAGUGUGGAAAGGCAUUCAGUCAGAAGUCAAAUUUUGGGGUACAUCAGAGAAUCCACAGUGGAGAGACACCUUACAAAUGCAAGCAGUGCGGAAAGACAUUCAAUCGUAGCUCUAGUCUUUCUAAACAUCAGAGAAUCCAUACUGGGGAAAAACCUUAUGAAUGCAAACAAUGUGGGAAGACAUUCAGUUGCAGCUCCAGUCUUGCUCAACAUCAGAGAAUCCACUCUGGGGAGAAACCUUACAAAUGCAAGCAGUGUGAAAAGACAUUCAGUCGCAGCUCCAGUCUUGCUCAACAUCAGAGAAUCCACACUGGGGAGAAACCUUACAAAUGCAAGGAAUGUGGAAAGACAUUCAGUCAGAGCUCUAGUCUUGCUAAGCAUCAGAGGAUCUACACUGGGGAGAAACCUUAUGAAUGCAAGCAGUGUGAAAUGACUUUCAGUUGCAGCUCUAGUAUUAUUAAACAUCAAAGAAUCCACACUGCGGAGAAACCAUAUGAAUGUAAGCAAUGUGGAAAGGCAUUUAGUUUCAGCUUCAGUCUUACUGAACAUCAGAGAAUGCACAAUGGUGAGAAACCUUAGGAAUAGAAGCUAUGUGGAAAGAUAUUUACCUGUAGCUACAGUUUUCCUAUUCUUUGAAGGAAAUUUCCCCUUCCUCCAUUUCUGGGGCAGCAUACCUGGUUUGAACCUUACCUUGACUCAGAGGCAAGAAUUGCAUGACGGGAACUAUUUCUUCAGCAUAGAAUGGCAGCAUGAAUUAAACACCAAUGUCCUUGAGGUAUCACAACACAGUACCAGGGUGAUGUCUCUAGCACUGCCCCCCUCGGGCUGCCCAGUCAAAAUAGAAAGCCACGGUUGGCUCUUGAGACGAGAUUUGUGAAUAAGUGGGUGUAGAAAAGAUUUUAUAAACUUAAGGAAGAGCAGGUAUCCAAGGUGUUUCAGUAUUUUUGCUGGCUGGACUUACUGUGAGCAUGGCUAGGAUGCCCUAAUGGUGGUUACUGAAUAGCAAGAUAAAUGGAGCAUUGAGGAACAUAUGUCUAUUUUUCCAUCCUUUUCUCCUACUCUCUUAGAUUAAAUAAAAUCAAUUUAGGGCCAGUCUCAUCAUUUUACCUCUUGUCUCAUACAUCACAAAACUAUAGGCAUUCACACUGAUCUCUCACCUUGCCCAAAAUAAUUCGCUGUACUAUGUCCUAAUUUCUAAGAUGAGGUCCAUAUGGGCAUUCGAUUUAGAUCUAAAGUGGGAUCCCAUAAGAAAAUUAAGGCAGAGUAGAAUAGUUUGCCUUUCAGAUCAAUUUAUUGAUAAGAGAAGAAUUCAUGACCAAAUAAAAAAUAGAUGACAUUAUGAAGUGUAAAGUAGGUUAAUUUUUACUAUUUUGAAUCC